CACACGUAGUUGCAAUGUCAAAACAAUCGUAGGGCUAUCCCAUUUACUGUGUGAAAUAUUUGGAAUGGAAUAAAAUAAUAAUAAUAAUAAAAAAGAACGCUGACAAGUAUGGCUGACUUAUACUCUGGCACAAAACGUGAAAUUUCGUAUUUUGGACCCAUCUACAUUAACAGUAAGCGAGUAGUCUUAUCUGGAGAUGACACUGAAAGAAUAAAAGAAACAAAGGAUAAGUCUUUAGAUAUCAACAAAUAUAAAAUCAGAUCAGUAGAUGCAAUUGAAAAAGAAAAUGUUGAGCAAAACAAUGCACAAAGCCGUAUCGAUACAUCACCGAUGGACAAAUAUAACAAAGAAUUACAACACGAAAUAGAAAGCAGACGACACCUUGCACCAUACGAUAAAACGCUACCUCGCCAACAAACCGAUUUCAAUCACACGCGCUCUAAAAGCGAAGAUAGGACAACUGGUCAUGCGCUGAAGAGUUUCAGACCACUACAAGGCAAUGGUGGCCACUUUAUUGGGCAAUACGAUUACAGAUUCAAAAUAAGCUCCACCGAAGAUAACUAUAUGUACGAUAAAUUCAAAGCGAAAUCAAAAUUGAUUCACAUUAAAAACGAAAAUCUCGAAUCCGAGCAAACUACAUCCAAUGAGCCUCCAAUGCAUGCCGGGAAAGAAAACAUAUCACGUGACGACGACAGUAAGAUACUAACAGACUUGAGCGUAGUGUCUGCUGACAAAACUAAUAUCAGUAAUGAAACAAAAGAGGCCAUAGUUCAGACAAAUGGUAAAGACUUCCUAACUAAACACAGGAAUAGAAUAAAUAAACUGAAAAGGCGAUUUUUCGAGUCACAAACAACACCGAAGCCGAUACCUGUACCAAACAGCUCUAAUGCGUCUGAAAAAUCUAAGGAUGAACAUACGUCAUCUGAACAUGAACCGACGUCAUGCGGUCAUACUAAGGAUAUUGUUCCAGCAAAGCCACCUAGGAAUUAUUCAAACAGCGAACGCACUGUUUCAAAAUCCAGACUAUCAUUGUUGGACAACUACGAUGACAUCUUCAGCGGCGAUCGGCGCAGACGACAUUCUACAGACGGUGCCUUAGGUAUCAAUAAUUUAGAAGAAAUGCGCGUCCGUUGGUCGACAAAUUUUGGACAGUAUGCAGUAGUGGUCGCAAUAGAUUUUGGUACUACAUACAGUGGCUAUGCCUAUAGUUUUAUGGAAGACCCAGAAACAGUUCACAUGAUGCGGCGACACGAGAGCGGUGACCCCGGCGUUUACGAUCAGAAAAUCCCUACCGCUAUAUUACUAUCACCGGAGGGGGAUUUCCAUUCAUUCGGGUACGCUGCGCGUGAUUUCUAUCACGAUUUGGACCAGAAAGAGUCUGUAAAAUGGAUGUACUUUGAGAAAUUUAAAAUGAUGCUACACACUGAAGGGCAGCUGCACGAAGAUUCCAUGUUAAAAUCAAUAUCAGGAAAGGAAUCACGUGCAAUGAAAGUGUUCUCGCUGAGCUUGGCACAUUUUAAGGAGCUUGCCCUCCAGGAGAUAUGUGACCAAUCAGGUGAAAAGAUAUCCUGUGACGUCAUCAGAUGGGUCAUCACUGUGCCGGCGAUCUGGAAAGCUUCCGCCAAGCAAUUCAUGCGCAAAGCUGCUUAUCAGGCGGGAAUCGUGUCAGAAAACCGACCGGACCAGCUUCUGAUAGCUCUGGAACCGGAAGCGGCGUCAAUCUAUUGCAGGCGUUUAAGAAUGUUUCAUAUUUUAUCUGAGGGCCGUAGAAGUGCGAGUGUUAGUAUGUCAGACGUGUCAAUUAACACCUCGCUCAGUAUGCCAGAACUACCGUGCCACGAUGUCAGCCUAGUGUCCAACGACCUUGACAUUGGGACUCGUUAUAUGGUAGUGGACUGUGGUGGGGGCACUGUCGACAUCACUGUGCACGAGCUCCUCGAGUGCGGCAAAUUAAAGGAACUACAAAGGGCCAGCGGUGGAUCACACGGUUCAGUUGGCGUUGACGAGGAAUUCGAAAAACUGCUCUACACAAUAUUUGGAGCUGAUCUUAUUAACCACUUCAAGAAAAAGCGACCUUCAGGCUGGGUGGACCUCAUGGCCAUGUUCGAAUCUCGAAAGAGGACAGCAAGUCCAUACCGGUCCUCGAACAUCGCUAUAUCCAUUCCAUUCUCAUUUAUUGACUUCUAUAAAAAGACAAGGGGCAGUUCGAUUGCAAGCGCAUUAAAACAAUAUGGCGACCCAGAGAUCACGUGGACAGCAAACGGACUACUUAAAUUAUCGCCAGGCGUAAUGAGAAGGUUGUUUUUGCCCACCGUAGAUAGAAUCAAGCAGUCCAUUGGAAGUGUGCUGAACAAUCCUGUAAACAAAGAUAUAAUGUACAUGUUUCUCGUGGGAGGAUUUGCCGAAUCAUCUAUAGUACAGCACGAGAUGAGGAAGGACUUCGGAUCAAUCCUAAAGAUCAUUAUCCCCCCAGGGGUUGGGAUGAGCAUUCUAAGGGGUGCAACUUAUUUUGGUCAAGACCCUCACAUUGUCAACUCAAGAUGUUCUUGUUUAACUUACGGUGUUGGUGUUCUUCGUAGAUUUGAUCCAGAUAAACAUUCCGAGGACAAAAAAGUAACAAAAGAUGGGUUGGACUGGUGUACUGAUGUUUUCGAUGUUUUCGUGAAGGUUGACCAGUCCGUAGAACUAGGAGAAAAGAUAUUCAGGCGGUACACCCCAGUACGCCGUGACCAAACAGCAACUACUAUUAACAUAUACAGCACUGAAAACGAAAACGCUGAAUUCAUCACAGACCCCGGUGUAACCCAGUGUGGAACAUUAACUCUAAGACUGAAAGACAUUGACCGUGGAGGUCCGAGACGUGAAAUAAGGACGGAGAUGACCUUUGGUGAUACUGAAAUCAGAGUCGAAGCAAUUGACGUUGCAGCAGGGGAAGGUGUUGAGGCCAAGAUCGACUUCAUCAAUUUGUAAACUACAGUGCUGACAAAAAUCAUUUCCUCUCUGGGAAAAAUGGAUAUGAUAGAUUAAAAAAAAAUAUUAUAAAAUCAUAUUCAAGAGAGUGUAGACACCGAUCAAAUUGGCUUGUAAGAGGCACAUCAAUAUGCAUUCUUAAAAUGAGCCGCGUCACGACAAAAUCAACAUAGUGCGUUUGCGACCAGCAUGGAUCCAGACCAGCCUGCGCAUCCGCGCAGUCUGAUC